AUGUGGUGCUGCGGGGCGGCGCCGUGCUCGGCCCUGGUCGCAGCCCCGCAGGGCGGCGGGGGGCUGAGGGCGCGGGUUGCCGUGUGCCUGCAGGAGACCUUGUUCCCCUACGUCAGAGACAACCUGAGGGACUACCUGCGCGCCCACUGGGAGGAGGAGGAGUGCCAGCGGGACGUCGGCCUCCUGAGGAAGCAGGCCCAGGAGGACGCCGGCCUGGACGGAGCCGUGCCGAUCCCCUUGGAGAGCGGAAGCGGGGACGAGGAGCUGGAGCGGGUGAUCCAGGCUGUGGUGGACAACGUGCUCUGGCAGAUGGCUCUGGACAGAAAGACCACGGCGCUCAAACAGCUGCAGGGACACAUGUGGCGGGCAGCCUACACCACGGGGCACGUGAAAGGAGAAGUCUUCGAGGACGUGGUGCCAGCCAUCCGGAAGUGGAGGGAAGCGGGCAUGAAGGUCUACAUCUACUCCUCAGGCAGCGUCGAAGCCCAGAAGCUUCUGUUCGGAUACUCUACAGAAGGUGAUAUCCUAGAGCUCUUCGAUGGCCACUUUGAUACCAAAAUAGGCCCCAAGGUAGAAAGCGAGAGCUACAGGAGGAUCGCCGCGAGUAUAGGAUGCGCCACUAACAACAUCCUCUUCCUGACCGACGUCCCUCGAGAAGCGAACGCAGCCGAGGAAGCGGACACUCACGUGGCUGUGGUGAUCAGACCUGGCAACGCAGGACUGACGGACGAUGAGAAAUCCUAUUACAGCCUCAUCUCAUCUUUCACUGAACUUUUCCUGCCUUCCUCCACUUAG